AUGGUCUCCCUCGCUCGCGCAUGGUUACUGACAGUGUUGGGUGCUGGAGGGCGGGACUGUCGGUCGUUCGUAGGCGCUGUCGUUCACAAUGUCAAAGUUUGGGGUUCGAGAUUCAAUAUUGAGCGGCGGAUCUUCGGGUGGGACGUUAAGCGAGUGGUCCGUGCCACAAGCUCCUUCACUGCCACAGGUUUGCCAUCGCCGACACCAGAUCAACGAAACAAAUUAUUUGAGCACUCUAUCCUCGUUUCGGGCAUUGCCAAAUAUUCUACGCUUACGGUUCCGGCCAUUUGUUAUCAUUCCGACGCAUCAAUGCUCCGACCUCCCAAGUCUUCUUCUCACAUCGAGCGCCAGGUUAGAGGCGCUCAUGGAGCCUGAGAAAAAGGGUAUAUGAGAACGUCAGCUACAGAUUUCUUGCCGACCUGUGAAUUCAGCAAAUAUUGCGAUCAGGCAGUGUUGACUUGUAUAUCGAAUCAAGCCGUUGUUUGCGUGCCUGUCUUCAAAGCGCUUUCGCCCUUUAAAUCAGACACGCAUUUUCAGGUUCGUAGGUCGAUUGACCUUGUUUGAGCUGUAGAACCACUUGCCAGCACCAUUCUGCGUCAUCGAGAUCUUCGAUCCUCCAUUGUUGAGCCACAGCUCCAUCUUCUUGUUGUCACCAUUGAUGACAUUAGUCGUACAUGCCACGGUGAUUGUGCCGGACUGCUUCGAGUCCCACGUUGACGUUUGCCUUGCUGGAGAUGGAAGAGUUGGACUUCAAGCUGACAAGGAGUUCGAAGACGAACGAGGUCUCUGUUGUAACCUUAGGUGCGCUAACGGUGGCGUUGGGAGAGCCGCCGUUAGUGAUGCUGGCAGAUGGCGAGGACGGCGAGGUCUGACUCCAUUUGAAAGUGAGAUCGCUGCUGGAUACAUUGGUCUCUGUGUUUGAGCCAACCAGCAAGAAACUCGUGCCAACGCGUUGGGCG